AGAGAAGGGGAAUCACAUGUAAUCCACUGUAAACGUCUUGAUGUGCAGCAACAGCUUAGAGGGGGCUCAGGUUUCUGUGGCGUUGGCUAUAUUUAUCUCUGGUUCCAUGCCAGCGGGGAGGGUUUAAAUGGCACCCAGCAGUUGGCGUGAGGGGCUGCAGGAGCUUGGGGGCUGGUGGCAGGAACAAGCCUUUUCCGACCCCAUGGAGCUGUAUGAGACAUCCCCCUACUUCUACCAGGAACCCCGCUUCUAUGAUGGGGAAAACUACCUGCCUGUCCACCUCCAGGGCUUCGAACCACCAGGCUAUGAGCGGACGGAGCUCACCCUGAGCCCCGAGGCCCCAGGGCCCCUCGAGGACAAGGGGCUGGGGACCCCCGAGCACUGUCCAGGCCAGUGCCUGCCGUGGGCGUGUAAGGUGUGUAAGAGGAAGUCGGUGUCCGUGGACCGGCGGCGGGCGGCCACACUGAGGGAGAAGCGCAGGCUCAAGAAGGUGAAUGAGGCCUUCGAGGCCCUGAAGAGAAGCACCCUGCUCAACCCCAACCAGCGGCUGCCCAAGGUGGAGAUCCUGCGCAGCGCCAUCCAGUACAUCGAGCGCCUCCAGGCCCUGCUCAGCUCCCUCAACCAGGAGGAGCGUGACCUCCGCUACCGGGGCGGGGGCGGGCCCCAGCCAGGGGUGCCCAGCGAAUGCAGCUCUCACAGCGCCUCCUGCAGUCCAGAGUGGGGCAGUGCACUGGAAUUCAGCGCCAACCCAGGGGAUCAUCUGCUCACGGCUGACCCUACAGAUGCCCACAACCUGCACUCCCUCACCUCCAUCGUGGACAGCAUCACAGUGGAAGAUGUGUCUGUGGCCUUCCCAGAUGAAACCAUGCCCAACUGAGAUUGUCUUCCAAGCCGGGCAUCCUUGUGAGCCCCCCAAGCUGGCCACAGAUGCCACUACUUCUGUAGCAGGGGCCUCCUAAGCCAGGCUGCCCUGAUGCUAGGAAGCCAGCUCUGGGGUGCCAUAGGCCAGACUAUCCCCUUCCUCAUCCAUGUAAGGUUAACCCACCCCCCAACAAGGGACUGGAUGCCCUCAUUCAGCUGCCUCCUAAGAGGAGAGGGCAUCCCCUUUCCAGGGAGGUAAAGCAGGGGACCAGAGCGCCCCCUCGUGUAUGCCCCAGCUCAGGGGGCAAACUCAGGAGCUUCCUUUUUAUCAUAACGCGGCCUCUAAUUCCACCCCCCGAGUGAAACGGUUUGAGAGACACAGUGUCCUGACCUGGACAAGCUGUGCACAUCUCCUGUUCUGGUCUCUUCCCGAUGCCAGUGGCUGGGCUGGGCCUGCCCUGAAUUGAGAGAGAAGAAGGGGAGAGGAAUAGUCCUCUGUUCCGAAGUCCCUGGGGGGCCAAACUUUUGCAGUGAAUAUUGGGAACCUUCCAGUGGUUUUAUGUUUUGUUUUGUUUCGUGUGUUGUUUGUAAAGCUGCCAUCCGACCAAGGUCUCCUGUGCUGAAGUUGCCGGGGACAGGCAGGGAAAAGGGGUUGGGGCCUCUUGGGGGUGAUUUCUUUUGUUAACUAAGCAUCGUGUGGUUUUGCCAUUGUUUUGUAUUUUUUUUUUUUUUUUGCUAACUUAUUUGGAUUUCCUUUUUUAAAAAAUGAAUAAAGACUGGUUGCCAGAAGAGUGUCAGUGAUGAUGCAGAGGGAGGGAAAUGACUGACAGCCCUGCCCCUUCCCACUGAGCAGUCCAGACACACCCUAGUGGGCAGGGCUCCACAGCGCUAAGGGCCUCAUCUUGCCGGUGGUCACUAGGCACUGGGUACCCCUGCUCUUUCUACCAUGACGAAGGAAGUCGAGCAUGUCUGGACCUCAGUCUAGGUGGAGACCAGAUUCCACAGACAUCCUUGUGGGACACGGAGGACAACUGGCUAUGACAAUACUUCACAGCCACUGCUCACAGGCUGCUGUGCUCUGCGUCGUGUCCCACGGGUCCUCUGGUUUCAGUUAACUGAGCACCUCGUAAGCCCAGUGCUCAGCCCACAGCCAGAAUGCAGAGCUAGAAGUUGUGGUUUCCCUUCCCUAGUCCCCACCUCUGCCCUGGUGUCACAAUACCAGGAGCCCUGUAGAGAAGUGGGAGGUGAGGAAGGGGGAUCAGACACUGUCAUUUCCUUGUGGGCCAAAUAGCAUGGCCCCUCCCCAUUCUCCUCCAUUCCCUCCAGGCGGAAGGGGAUUGUGGUUCCUGCUUGCAGCUCCCAGCAUGAAGGAGAUUCAGAUUUAGCUCGGGGAGGGUAAAGGGGUCCACAAAGAACAAUCGAAGAGAAGCUGGGGUUCUCUUCCUUUGGGGUGCUAUUUUUCAAAUAUUAGCUUCCUGAGGGUAGAAGGUGGGUGGGAAGUUGAGAACAGAGAUUUUUGGAUAGACAUUACAUAAGGAUUAACUGGGGAGUUAACAGGAGCUAGAAUUCAAACUGAACAUGGACAUCUACUGAAAACUUUAUUAAUUCCAACUGCUUGGGGCUAAGUUCAUCAGAUUUAUUGCAAAUUAUAAGUUUCAGAAUCAUUACCGAAGCAGGGAUUCAGAGCAUGGUACAUUCCAGCCCUGCUUAAUUCUUUGGGGCCCUUGACAAUGGACUUAACCCAGUGUUGCCUGAAGCUCUAGCGACCACCCUGCACCGGCUCUGGGCUCAGCUGGGCCAUCUCUCCCACACCCACCCUCCUGACCUUACUGCUGGAGAGGAGAGUUACCACUGUGCCCCCCAAGUUUCUUCAGAAACUCUGCCUAAGGAAAAGGAUCAGAAGAAGCCUCCGGAGGCUCACAGAACUCAGGUGAGGGUGCAGAAGGGAGGGUCUCCCCCACUGCCUGCUUGUCCCAAACCAGUCAGGCAGGGCUUAUUGGGAAUUGCAAAUUGGCCUACUCUGCUCCCAUUGGUGGGAUUUUCUUCUUUUCAAGUUGGUAUCACUGAGUUUAGUCUUUCCCCCUUGGAGGGGCUGGAGAGGAAGACCAAGGUCAUUUCCAUGACUCUUAGCCCUGAUUCACUGCCCUGGGGAAUGAGGAGGGCAACCGGGCUGGCUGCAGUGCCUUGGCUCUGGAAUCUACAUUCACUCCCUUAUUACCCUCUGAAAAUACUCAGAACAUAUUCAUGGAGGAUCUUCUCCCUUCAAGUUCAUUUCCUCUGCCUCUGGCACCUCCCACAUUCCUAGGGUGGAAGCCACCCUGUCACCUGCAGCUGUGACCUGCCCAUCCCUUGCCCUCCUUCUUACUGGGAUAAGAAGGGCUGGCCAAGGAAGGCACUCAGCUCUACUGAAGGACAGGUUCUCGGGCUGCUGGAUAUAUUUUUGAAGUCUACUCCUCUUCAGUUAUCCUGACAAUUGACAGUGAGGGUCACGUUCAGACUCUGGAAAGAAUGAACAGUCCUCAGCAAUGAUACUGGGUGCAAUAGAUCCCUACCGUGGUGGAGUGUAGUCACUGUCUCCUUACUUUUUCAUGUCUUUAAGUCCUUAAGGGAAAAACAGUUUGCUAGAAUUCCACAGGUGUGAAUGGCAAACUCUGCUAAGCAGGAGGCCAGCCUCACUCGUUAUUUUCACAGAAUAAACAAUUGUUAUCGAACCAUGGCAAAUGCUUAAUCUUCACAACAGAAUUACAGAGAAGACUCCAAUUAAUGAACAAUGAGUUGGAGUUCUUUAGGGGGAUUAGCUCAAAUUUGUUCUUUAGUUGGAAGCACCUACAAUAAAUCAAACUGGGUUAAUCAAAUGUUGCUUAAUAAUGGACUUUAGGGAAUCUGCUACAAUGAAAAGAUAAAUAUUACUUAAAAUUGGCAUACCAAUUGUUGGUGCAUAAAUAGAAACUUCUUCGAGUGCUUAGAUAAUUGGUGUGAAUUGAACGCUUAACAGUACUACUUGUGGCACUCCAAUAAGCAUUCCUAGGGAUCUAACCUCUCAGAGUAAUUUAUUUGGUAGACUGGAAAACCUUCUUAAGUGCUGCAGGUGUAGACAGGGUGGAUCAACUGGAGAGGGAGGCGGCAGAGGGAUGAUGGAGGGUGAGAGGAAAAGAUACCCCUCAGCUCAGGUAUCUGUUUCCUGGGUAAAAAGCCACCCCAACAUGUUAGGUUCCUUGGGCUUCCCCAGGCUUCUGGGCCCCAUGCUGGGGCAGAAAAGCCUGAGGGCGGGCCUGGAAGAGUUCACGUUGAGCCGGGAUUUUGGCUAAGGAAGCUCAACCCAGUCCUGAAUGGAAACUCCAAUCACAGCCCCUCCACGAUUCUGGCUGUGCCUCAUCCCUGUCCCCCUCUGCCACAGGUCCCCACUCUGAUCCGGACUCCCUGCCCCUCACUGCUUGGAGCAUUCCUAGAGGGAGCAAAGGAAAGGGUUCUAGGAAAGACACCUAGAUUCUUCUUUCCUACAAGUGCAGAUCGAACCAUGAUGUCCAGCUCUCACCUCAAGCCCAGCAUGUCCAAAGUCAAACUCCCAUUUCCACAUAAGUCGGCUCCAUCUAUAUCCCCCGUCCCAGUGGAAAGCAGCACAAGGAAGUCAUAGUUUUCCUGGAUCCCUUCAGUGAAGAUCUCAUUCCCAUAGCCAGCCAGUCACCAAGGUUCAUCAGUUUUACCUUUGUUCCUGGAGAGGGUAGCAAGGGACCCCCAGAGGCCUGUAGGCACAGGGCCAGGACCUUCCCUCACCUCUGUUUUCCCUCCCUGGGCUGUGUCCAGGGUGCCUUGUCCCACUCCCUGUCACUUGUGCCCAUGGACUCUGCUGUCCUUGCUCCAUCCGUGUUUGGGGCACCAUCAGACUUAAAGAGGACACAGGAUGCAUGGUGCACUGUGCUACACGAAAGGGAGUUCACCACUCAGGGGUGCAGGGGAAACACGGCUCCCCAGAGAUUCACAGCAGCCAAAGACCACAUGAGUUGUACACACAAAGGAAUCAGGGAAAGGGAGCUGGGUAGCUGGGGAAGGCUUGUUGAGGGGCAGGGGCUUGAGUUUACUUAAAAGAGAAGCUAGCAACAUUUGAUAAGCAUUCCUUUUCAUCAUGCUACUCCUAAU